GCUAAAAUAUCUGGGAUGUUCUCCGCAAGUGCAGAAAUAAAACGCCUAGUCUUUGCCCACAGUUUGACCUUGUCAGCGGGCCGCGGGCACCAGAGCCGGGGAGAGGGUGGCCGGUCGGUCAGGACAGGCCGGGACCAGAGCGCUGUGGGCGGGCAGGAGCUGGCGGAUCAGCCGCUGAGAGAAGUGAUCAGAGGAAGAAAAGAAGGAGGGGGCGGAGUCUUCUCCGCCAGUCGCUGCAGGAUGAACGGCAGCAGCAGCGUCUCCAGAGCUCAGAGCGCCAGGAUCAAAAGUGAACCAGAUGACUGGACGAAGGAGGACUGUCUGACUCUGCUGGAGAGGAUUCGCAGUGUGCUGCCGGACGGAGACGCCAUGAAGUAUAAAACCACAGAGUCGCACUUCGACUGGGAGAAAGUUUGUUUCGGCAGCUUCACCGGAGACAUGUGUCGCCAGAAGUGGCAGAAAGUCUCGUCUGAGGUUCGCAAGUACAGAACGAUGACGGAGCUGAUCGUAGACGCCACGGAGUUCGUGAAGAAUCCGUACAAAGGCAAAAAACUGAAGACUCAUCCAGAUUUCCCUAAGAAGCCUCUGACUCCGUAUUUCCGCUUCUUCAUGGAGAAACGAGCCAAAUACGCCAAAAUCCACCCGGAGAUGAGCAACCUGGACCUGACCAAGAUCCUGUCCAAGAAGUACAAGGAGCUGCCUGAGAAGAAGAAGCAAAAGUACAUCACAGAGUUUCAGAGAGAGAAAGAAGAGUUUGAGAAGAAUAUGGCUCGAUUCAGACAGGAUCAUCCCGAGCUGAUGGAAGAGAGGAAGAAGUCCGACCUGCCGGAGAAACCUAAAACUCCUCAGCAGCUGUGGUACAACCAUGAGAAGAAGGCCUACAUGAAGCUGCACCCAGACGUGAGUCAGAAGGAGCUGAAGGAGGCUCUGAGGAGACAGUGGUCCCAGCUGUCUGACAAGAGGAGACUCAAGUGGAUCAGCAAGGCUCUGGAGCUCCAGAAAGACUACGAGGGCAGCAUGCGAGCGUAUCAUGAAGCUCAUCCAGAUGUGACGUCUGAUGAUCACGUUCGGUCCGUCCUCACCAAAGCAGAGAGACAGCUGAAGGACAAGUUUGACGGACGGCCGACAAAACCACCCCCUAACGGGUACUCGCUGUACUGCGCGGAGCUGAUGGUGAACAUGAAGGACGUCCCCAGCACAGAGCGGAUGGUGCUCUGCAGUAAGCAGUGGAAAAUGAUGACGCAGAAAGAGAAGGACAUGUUUCAGAAACGCUGCGAGCAGAGGAAGAAGCAGUACGACAUCGACCUGCAGAGGUUUCUGGAGAGUCUCCCGGAGGAGGAGCGAGACCGGGUCAUGACCGAGGAGAAACUGGGCGGGGCCAGACUGGGAGGGGGCGCGGCCUCCAGCCCACACAGAGCCAAGUCUCCGUCCAUCAAGGAGCGCCGGGAGGCGGAGGCGGAGCCAGAGCCAUGGACACCCGCUGGAGCGGCAAAGGACAAACGUGACGGGAAGAAGACGGCGAAGCUUCCAGAGACGCCGAAAACAGCCGAGGAGAUGUGGCAGCACAGCGUGAUCGGAGACUACCUGGCCAAAUACAGAAGCGACCGCAGGAAGGCCCAGGCCGGGAUGGAGGCGGCCUGGAAGUCGAUGGAGAAGAAGGAGAAGAUCCCCUGGAUCAAGAAGGCGGCGGAGGACCAGAAGCGUUACGAGGUUCAGUACCAACCUGUGAGGGAGCUGCUAGAGAUGAGGGCGCCGCCUGCAGGUCAGAGUCAGAGGAAACCCAAGUUUGACGGAGAACCAAAGAAGCCUCCAGUGAGCGGGUAUCAGAUGUUCUCGCAGGAGCUGCUGACCAAUGGCGAGCUGAACCACUUCAGCCUGAAGGAGCGGAUGGUGGAGAUCGGGAAGAGGUGGCACAAACUGACCCAGAGUCAGAAAGACAAGUACAAGAAGCUGGUGGAGGAGCAGCAGGUGGAGUACAAGGCCGAACUGGAGGCCUGGGUCAAGUCUCUGUCUCCUCAGGACCGAGCCGUCUACAAGGAAUUUUCCACCUCGAAACGUCGCAGCACCGCUAAAGUUCGUAGCAGCCCGGGAGCUAAAGUCCGUGUGACAGCAAAGGGGAAGGCGGCGAGUUCAAGAGCUGCGACACAGACUGUCGGGGUUGCCAAGAGGGCCAUGGCGUACCGAGCCAAGCAGGACAUGUCUGACUCAGACGAGGAGAAGAGCGACUCGUCUGACUCUGAUGAAGAUGACGAGACGUCGGGCUCCACAGACAGUGACGAUGAGGAUGACGAGAACGACGACGAUGACGACGAGGAUGAUGAGGACGAUGAAGAUCAGAGCUCCUCUGAGGAUUCCAGUGACUCGGACUCGGACUAGCUCCGCACCUUCCACCUCAUUGGAGAGGACAGGCUGUGCAGGCCACGCCUCCUCAGUGCCAAUCAUCCCGGCGGACCAAUGAGAAGUGGUGUCGUCGGCAUACUGCGGACAUGCUGGCCCCUCCCACCUCCCUGUGAAGGGGCGGAGCCUGACGGAGAGUUUUGUUACCUGUGUGUUUGUUUCUGUUUUUUAUCGAGUGUUGGUUUUUAUCUGCCGGACGUUUCAGACAGGUUUGUUUUAUUUCUUGAGCGAUGGCGAGGGCCAGGUUUGUACAGUUUGACAGGCAGGAGGGGCGGAGCCUAUUGGUUGUCGUUAGUUACCGCUGAGGGAGGAGCCAGUGUUCAGCCUCCAAUCAGCCGCCAGCCUGAGAAAAUUAACAAAUAAAUGCACUUUUUUCUCAA